CCGACACCUAACCCAACAAAAGUGCCCAAAAGCUCUUUUUGUGAUACGAAGCACGUCUAUUUUGACGUUCUGAUGCUGGUUGUCUAUUUCAUCUAGCACUCCACCGAUUCUGUACAUCAUUUGCUUUUUCCUGGCAUCGACCUGACGUCGUUCUAUGAAUAUGGCUCGUUUCCCGUUAGAGUGUGCAAGUGUUACUUGUCGUGAAGUUCUUUCAAUAUCGUGGAGAUUCAGAUCUACCCUAAUAUUGGUGCUAACACCGCUAUUGCUGUCGCCACUGCUAAUAUACGUGGAUGAUACGGCUGCAAAAUGUGCUUACGCAAUCCUCAUAAUGGCCGUGUACUGGGUCACUGAAGUUUUACCAUUGGCAGUGACUGCUCUCCUACCCAUGGUGCUCUUCCCUAUAUUGGGAGUGGUGGAUUCCAAGAGGGUGUGUUCUAUCUACCUUAAGGACACCAAUAUGGUUUGUGUCAGUGGGCUUAUCUUGGCCACAGCGGUGGAGAAAUGGAACUUACAUCGUAGGAUAGCGCUGCGAGUGUUGUUGUCCGUCGGAUCUAAACCGGAAUGGUUGAUGUUUGGUUUUAUGGUCAGCACUGCUUUUCUUUCGAUGUGGAUGAGUAAUACUGCCACCACCGCCAUGAUGGUGCCCAUAGCACAUGCCGUGGUCGUCGAAUUACUGGAAAAAAAGCGAGAGCUGAAUAAAGGGAGUGCAGGAGAUGAGUUACUACGAACAAAUAAACCUGACCCAGACGAUAGCGAGAACAAAAAUGGUUUCACAAACCUGGAAGAGAUUGAGCUGAAAGACCCCAAGAAACAAGACAGACCAUUGAGAGAAACAGACGAAGAGAAGAAAAUUGGUGCAUUGGGUAUACUUACAGAUACGACGUCGGAGAAAGAUACGAAAUUUGUUAAAGGCAUAACUAUUUGCAUUGCGUAUGCCGCUAAUAUUGGCGGCACAGCUACACUCACUGGUACCGGCUCAAAUCUGGUUAUCAGCGGACAGAUUGACAGUAUGUAUGGCCGUGAAGCCAGCAUAGACUUUGGCUCAUGGUUUGUCUAUGCAUUUCCUGGUAUGCUGACGUGCCUAUUCUUUGCCUGGAUAUGGUUGCAGUUUGUCUACUUAGAUCUAAGACGGACCAUCCGUGGUUGGUUUAUCCAGUGUGCCAAUGGACAUAUUCAACGGUGUUGUUCCUGUAAAUGCCCGUGUGGAAGCAGAAGACGGGCUGCUCAUAAAGCCGAAGACCCGGUCAGUGGAGUGAUAAGAAAACAAUACAAGCAGUUAGGACCUAUGACAUGGGCAGAGAAAGCUGUACUAGGCAACUUUGUACUGCUAGUCUUACUUUGGUUGGCACGUGACCCCAAGUUUGCUCCAGGCUGGGUAUCGGCUUUUAUACCGGGGUACGUUUCUGAUGCCACGGCAGGUGUGUUCGUCUGUGUUCUAUUAUUUUGUUUUCCAUCUCGCCCUCCAAACUUCGGCUGUCUACGAUUUCGUACAGAUGAUUCGGUAGCAGGUCCAAGGCAGGCGUUAUUAGACUGGCAUACAGUGAAUACAAAGUUACCGUGGAAUGUUGUGAUCCUAUUGGGCGGUGGAUUCGCACUGGCUGACGCAUGUAAGGUAUCUGGUCUGUCUGAAUGGCUUGGUACACAGUUGGUCGUUCUAGCAGUUAUACCACCGGCCGCCAUCGUGUUUAUUAUAACUGUCAUUAUCGCCAUCUUUACUGAGAUUACCAGCAACGUAUCAACAGCCUCCAUCUUUCUGCCAAUCCUUGGCCAGCUUGGAACGACCCUCGGCGUGCAUCCGUUUUAUUUCAUGGUACCAGCCGCUGUGGCGUGUUCAUUUGCAUUCAUGUUGCCCGUAGCAACGCCACCAAACGCAAUUGUUUUUGCUUACGGCACUCUAUCCAUUGCGGAUAUGGCAAGUGCCGGUGCGAUGAUGAAUAUCAUAUGUAUAUUGGUGGUCAAUCUCAGUAUCAAUACCAUAGGCUGGUGGCACUUUGACCUUGGCACGUUCCCGGAUUGGGCGUUAGACACGGGUAUUCCAUCAGCAACUACGGCAGCAUCGAUAAACUGUACUGAGUACCUGAGAGCGUUCCUGAACAGCACUUCAACAGACAUUAAUGCCGAGAAUAUGACGUCACAAUACUUUUUAGCCAAUCCUGUCAACGCUACGUUGGCAUAUGAUAUAUUGUCAUAG